AUGGCUUCUCUUCUCCUAGCCACCGCCACCGCCACCACCACCACCACCAAAACCAGUACUUACUCUUCUUCUUCCUACUCCACCAACCUCAGCACCUUCACUUCUAGGUCCCUCUUCGCUAAGCCAUUAAAAUCUCUCAUCACUGAAAAGCGUUACCAUCGGUUUCAAGUCUCAUGCAAAACCAAAGAUGGUGACCAAAACCCUACCAAUAAUGGAGAAACUUUUCAAGGGAAGUUUGACAGGAGGAAUGUGCUGCUUGGGCUAGGGGGGCUCUAUGGUGCAGCCAAUCUCGUUUCUGAUCCAUUUGCCGUGGCUGCUCCGGUGCAGGCACCGGAAGUUACAAAAUGUGAUUUUCCAUCGGACUUGCCGCCGGGGGCAGUUCUAAUUAACAAUACCUGUUGCCCCCCAAAGGCGGAGAAGAUUGUUGAUUACAAGCUUCCUAGGUCUCAACCCAAGCGUGUCAGACCAGCUGCUCACUUAGUGAGCAAAGAAUACAUAGCCAAGUUUUCGAAAGCCAUUGAGCUCAUGAAGGCCCUUCCUGAAGACGACCCACGUAACUUCACACAGCAAGCUAAUGUUCAUUGCGCUUAUUGCAAUGGGGCCUAUGAACAAGUCGGUUUUCCAGAUCUUGAGCUUCAAAUUCACAACUCAUGGCUUUUCUUUCCCUUCCACAGAUGGUACUUGUACUUCUACGAGAGAAUCCUCGGAAAAUUGAUCGGAGAUCCGACUUUUGCUUUGCCGUUUUGGAACUGGGACACUCCCGCUGGCAUGACAAUGCCGGCCUUGCUCGUUGAUCCCAAUUCUUCCCUGUAUGACCAAUAUCGCAACGCCGGUCACCUGCCGCCGACCAUUAUCGAUCUUGGCUACAACGGCAAGGACACCGAUACGACGGAUAUCCAAAAAGUGAUCAACAAUCUGACGAUAAUGUACAGGCAAAUGAUCACCAAUAGCACCACUCCUAUUCUCUUUCUCGGAAGUCCUUACCGCGCAGGCGAUAAGCCCAGUCCUGGAGCUGGGUCCAUUGAGUCUACACCUCACAUUCCGGUGCACCGGUGGGUUGGUGAUCCAACUCAGAAAAAUGGCGAGGAUAUGGGAAACUUCUACUCGGCUGGUCGAGACACCAUGUUCUACAGUCACCAUGCGAACAUUGAUCGAAUGUGGACGCUAUGGAGAACUUUAGGAGGCAAACGUCGCACCGAUUUUACAGAUCCAGAUUGGUUAAACACUUCUUUUCUCUUCUACGACGAAGAUGCUCAGGCUGUGAGGGUUACGGUCAAAGAUUGCUGUGAGAACACCAAGCUCGGGUACGUUUACCAACCAGUGCCUAUUCCAUGGCUGAAGAACAAGCCAGUGCCAAGAGUGAAGAAAUCCCAAAUUGCAAAAACUGUUGAACCCACCACCCUCAGUACCUUCCCUGUAACCCUAAACAAUAUCGCGAAGUUUCUGGUCAAGAGGCCGAAGAAAUCAAGAAGCUCGAAGGAAAAGGAAGAUGAAGAGGAGAUACUGGUGAUAGAAGGGAUUGAGUUGGAGAAAGACAAGUAUGUGAAGUUUGAUGUGUUUGUGAACGAUGAAGAUGAGACUGAGAUUGGGUUGGACAAAACGGAGUACGCCGGAAGUUUUGCUCACCUGCCUCAUAAACACAAGGGUAACAUGAAGGUCAAGACUGACCUUAGGCUGGGACUGAGUGAGCUGUUGGAGGACUUGGAAGCUGAAGAUGAUGACGCAGUGCUGGUCACUUUGGUUCCCAAAUUUGGUGGCGAUAAUGUCACCGUCGCCGGUGCCAAGAUCGAGUGUUCCGCUUGA